AUGAGUUAUUAUCCGACUGGUAUGAGUCCUGUGACUGGCAAUCAUUAUCAUAACGUAGCUGCUCAAAUGCAAGCUUAUUUAAAUAAUGGCAGUGGAUAUUCUCCAUCAGGUUCGAGCGGAUUGCAUCAAUAUCAAAGACCGCAUGGUUUUCACAGUGGAGCUCAGUAUCACAAUACGAACCGCAUGAUGAAUGGUGAUCCCGAUGCACUUGCUAGAAGCUUUAUGAGAACUUUAUUUGCCUGA